AUGUCAUUUUUCGGUUUGGGAAGCUCUCCAUCUCUUUCAUCUGAGGCCAAGAUCAAGGCUGCUGAGUCUGAACUGGACAUGGUCACCACCAUGUUCAACCAAUUGGUUGACUCGUGUCAUAAGAAAUGUUUUGAGAAGAGCUACGUUGAUGGUGAAUUGACGAAGACCGAGACUACAUGCAUCGACAGAUGUGUUGCUAAGUACUUCGAGGCAAACGUCAAAGUUGGUGAGGUAAGUGACACCGAAAUCUGUUCAAAAUUCAGAAAGAUUACUAACGUAUAUUUCAGAGCAUGCAAUCUGUUGGUAAGAACGGUGCGGUGGGAAGCAGAUUUUAGAUCUGAUCCUAGACCACCAAUGCUGCCCCAUCUUAACUUGAGUAUUUAG